ACCAGCGAGUCCGUCCAUCCUCCUUCUCGCGCGCUCGCUCUCCUACAUUCCUCGAUGGUGCGCGGUAGGGAGAGGAGCUGAGCUACAUUUUGGUGGCCACCGCAACCUGCGUCAAACUCGACAUCUAUCACGUGGAAGUGGCACGUGCUAUGGUCUGAAAUUCUAUCGCGUAGAUCCAGAUCUACUCGAGAUCAGGAGUGGACUCUCACUGUGGGAAAUUCGAAAGGAGAAGGUGCAGUUCACCAAAAUAAUUCUUGUUCAUUUGUAGUUGAGCUCGUCUCUCCUGCAGGCUGGAGUUGCUGAUCGAGGUACGGAGGCUGAUCUCCACACUGCCUCGCAUCCGGAGUCGGCUGGACCAGUGGAUGCAAGUCAGUGAGUACAGGGUGCAAGUGGGGUUCGGAGUGACUACCGCGUACCGGUUUGCACCAGCAUCAGCACUGAGUGUGUAGACGACAUCAAUUGACUGGGUUCCAGCACUGCAGUAUACCUGUCCGUGCUGCUGCUACUGCUGUUCACUCACUGACACACACCACACACCAACAUGGCGGCUGUGGCAAUGCCUACAUUGGUUGCUGGUCGUCCUGCUGACUACACCACUGAAAUCCAGCGUAAGACGGCCAUACUGAAGCGAUGGAAGAAGGAGCCAGUCCGGGUUGUACCCAGCGCUACUGGAGCUGCUAUCCGCAAGGCCAAGGGGACUCGGGAUUAUGCGCACGUUCAGGGAACCGAAGGGCAAGUUCGACCUCUCUCUGCCGAUCCGUCGUCACCGGAUUUCCUCGGAUUUGAAAUCACAACCGGUACCGGUGGGAAACCUGUUCAGUUCCGAGCACAGGAUGCGUCACAGCUUCGUGCAUUCUUUGCGGCAAUGGGACAGACAGGGAAGGGUGUCUUCUGCCCCGGUGGAGAUCAGAGUGAUGGUGCGGGUGAGGAGGAUACGGGUGAGUCGUGGGUUGGUCUUUACGAUGUCCUCCAUCCAUCCCUGGAGGAAAUGACACAGAAGAUUGAGAAGCGUCGUGAAGAGGUCAAGCAAUUGCAGAGCCAGCCGGGCGGUGAGCCAGCAUUGCCUAGCUACGAGCAAGUAGCCCUGGGUGAUGUGCCGUUUACCUUCUAUUUCCCUGAUAAUAUGGAGAAACCCAUGGGCAUGCCGUCAGCACCACAGCCACUGGGUCCAGUGUUGGGUAUGCCAACACCUGAUGCUGGUCCUCAACACCAGUUACGCAGAGCACAUCAUGACACAUUCCGACCACCACAUGGACCUAGUAUCUUAGCACCAGUGAGUGUUGGCUACGGUGGCGAGGUUGGUUUGAACCCCGGUGUGCAGGAGCUAUGGGAUCCAAUGCAGAGUCGCAGUUUCUUCAUUGACCACAUGCACCUGAGCACGUUCUGGGAAGACCCCCGGCCACCGCGUGUUGCCAAACCUGUCAUUGAACCAAAGAGUAUUCCAUACGGUGACAACCGACAGCUGCCUGCUCUUCCCAACAUGUGCAGUAAUGCUGACAUCCUCCGCACUACAGCAGCACGUGCUCUCAAGAAGAAACCAGCAUAUCACCUGUUGGCGUAUGGUAUCUCUGGUAGUCAUGGUAACGACGGUGCGACUGGAUCCAGUGGCCAUGCCGGGCAUAGCGGCUCAAGUGGUGGAGGCUGUGGCGGAAGCGGAGGUCCUGGUGGUAAUGGUGGACCGGGUGGACCAGGCCAGCGCGGUGAAGACGGCAAGCCUGCUAGCAAUGGUAGUGAUCUGCAGGUGCGGCUGGAUGGUAGCAGUCACUCCGUGGCGCUCACUGGCUCCUUUGAUGGUGAACUGGAGAUGGGUGGCAAUGACAGUGAAGGUAUCAUUCUCCUCAACGCCCACGGUGGAAACGGCGGACAUGGAGGCCACGGUGGAAGAGGUGGUCAUGGCGGACAUGGUGGUCGUGGAGGUAGCGGUGGACGAGGUUCGAAUGGCACUGGAACAAGCAAUGGUGGUAGAGGCGGUAACGGUGGUCGUGGUGGAAACGGUGGUUAUGGAGGAUCUGGCGGUGAUGGAGGUGAUGCGGGAUAUGCCGGAAAUGGUGGUCACGUCUCUGUGUCAGCCGUAGACCCACGCCUAUUUGUACUUGUUGAGAUUGAUUGCGUCCGCGGAGAUCCUGGCAAGGGUGGUGGUGCAGGUAGUGGUGGUUCGGGCGGUAGCGGCGGUAGUGGUGGUAGCGGCGGUAGUGGUGGGAGCGGAGGCAGUGGUUACCGUGACAGCAACGGGACUCACCAUUCUGGCGGUAGCUCCGGCUUCUCCGGCUCUUCCGGAUCUCCGGGUAUGUCUGGCCAUUCGGGCUCCGAUGGCAACCGUGGUCUUGAUGGCAGACUCGCUACUGAUGGGGCCUUGCAGUGGACUGUCCUGGGUCAAGCUGGAGAACCUUUGUUUUCGUCUCCGACACGUUUUGAUUCCCUGGUGACUGACUACUUCACUGUCUCGGCUAUUGAUGAUGGUAUAUUUGAGCCGAAUGAGCGCAUCACCAUCAGCGGUGUAGUGUUUACUAACGAUGGUGGACUACAUCUACCAUCCGGUGCUGAGGCUUUGUUUCCAACCACACAAACUGUGCACUUUGAGCCGACAAGGUUCACCAUUCCAGAGGUGCCAUCAGGUGGUAGCUUUGUUGUUCCCAUCUCGUUUAGCGGUCGCAUCUUUGACCAACCUCCACCGAAUGCACCCGGACCUUUCAUCGGCAAAGCUGAGAUCUGUCCUCGAAUUGAAAUGCUCGGCCGUCCGUUUGAGCGGGCUGAAUUACAACGUACGCUGACCGUCCAGUAUCCCAUCCAGAUCAAGAAGAUCACCGGACCCAAUCACCUUGGUCGUGGAGAACUCACCAGCCUAGAGAUUGCUAUCACGAAUAUCUCCACCAUGGAUUAUGGUGAUGUGCCUGGCAGUGGUGGCCAGGUCUUUGUCAAGACUCGCUUGGAUUCGCGUCUCCUGCCCCGUGGCCGUGCACCCGAAUCCCAAUACACUGUGUCGUUUGAUCCCAACAUUCCUGACAGCCUGCAUAUCCAGGUGCAUCACAUCCGUGCCGGUGAAACCUUGAUUCUUACAGUGGAUGUAGAAAUGGAAUCCCGUGCUGAGCUCUUCGACAAGUGUAUUUGGCAAGCAGAUGUCUUCCUUCGUGGCAAGUUUAUCGAGUAUGCGUACGAGGCUAUUCGCGUAUCGCCAUUCUAUGUACCGAGCAGCAACCCAGUGUCCGACGUACUCUUUGUCACCAAUCAGCACAUUGACCGACAUCAGUUCUGUUUGUGGCAGCGCUUGCUGGAGUGCUUUCAUCUGACAGUGGAUUUCUGGGACACGGAGCGCUAUCACGGCCUCUCCAUGGACAUGCGUACUGGGAAUAGACACGAGGUUAGCUGGGUGGGUCGCUAUGCCAGUCGUCUGAUUCUCUACCCGCACGCCAAUGCACAGCUCCUGCAUCCCAUGGACAUUGCCCAGCAUUUCUACGGCGAGACCUAUCAACAACCCAUUCCGAUUGACAUUGGAUCUUCACUACUCAUGCUGCUACCUGCACAUGCCGACAAGGCACGGACGGCACUUGACUUCUGCCGUCACUCCUGUGUGGUCUCUAAGUCAGUGCCGAUAGGCGAGACUGAGUAUGCCGGCCGUCACUUGCUGCGUCCGACGGGCUCUGCCUGCAUUGGCAAGCCGGCCUAUCUCAAGCGUGAGAAGCAGCUGCUGGAGAAGUUCAACGCGUCCGCACCCUUUGUUCACUACUUGUGCCAGCGAACACAGAGCUUCCAGAAGGCUGAAGGCUUCCUGAGAUACUCGUAUGGUCAGGUUGAUAUCCGUCGACUGCCGCUGGCUCGGCCGGCCAAACUUCAUAUCAUCGAAGGUGUCUGCAAUCACCCCAUCAACGCAAGCUUCCUGGGAGCUGAUGAUACUGGUCACAAGUUACGAAUGAGCGAGGUGCCCAUCGGCUCCAAUUUUGGCCAGGCUAUGAUUGCGGUGGUAGCAUGUUUGCCUGUGCCACUGAAGCUGUCCAUCAUGUUAGGCAACAGUGGUGGAGCUACGGGUGAACAGUGGAGACUGCACCUUGCUAACGGGGCUUCUCUCAUGCUCGAUGAAGUGGCAGCGGUGUGCCUGCAGGACGAUCUCAUCUCCGAACUGGAGGGUGCCACCACUGACUUGUCACGAAUGCAAGAGUUUGCUGCAGAAAUCUGCACCUCGCCUGCACAGUAUGGUUCAAGCUCAGCUGUCAAUACUAUCUGUCGUAUCAUAGCAGUUGUCGAGGCAGAGGCGAACAAACUGAUCAAGCUAAAGCGCCUGGGUGUUUCAGAUUUGUUCAAGCAGUUUUCUACCCAUGCCAAGGGAGUCUUGGCUUCCCUCAAGGCAUCCAUUGACAAACAAACACUGCGCGAUGCACGUGAUGCUGCCGAUCGCCUGGUUGCAUCCGGCAAGGGCUACCUCAUGCUCAACAUGUUGCUGGAUCAAGCUCGCCAUCGUCAAUGUAACCGACGUAUUGAUCUGACAGCUUCUGACCUCACAGUCACGCAAAGCUUUUACUAAGAUCUCUACCCAUCACCUAGUGUUCAGCUGUAUCUGCUCUUGCAGCUAUCAGAGGUUCUUUGUAGCGGUGGCACACGUGGCAGCUAGGAUAACGUAGCUCAGCCACUAUCCAAUAUACCUACUGAAGGUAUUGUCUGCAGGAUGUAGUCCCGCUCUUGUGUGUGUGUGUGUGUGUGUGUGUACGCGCGCGCGCAUGUGUGUAUGUGUGUGCACGCGCAUGUGUUUGGGUGGUGUGCGUUCGUUUUGGUUUGUCGUGAAUCUGAUAUUUUUCCUUUGUCCGCAUUCUCUAGCUUAUUAGUAUUUUGGUUUAUUUUUCUAUUUUCUCUUUCAGGUAGUGUACAUGUAGGUUGGUGGUUCCUUCUCCAAACAAAUCUCCUUGUUUUCCUAAUCUUGCAUCCCAUCUCGCUCAUGUGAUCUGCAAAGUUGUUUGAUUAUUGUCUCCUAGGUACUGUGUUAGGUUUUUAUUGUUGCAGGCUAUGUCACAGACCAUGUUGUACUACUACUUGCAGAGCACUGGUCUAACUGACAACAAAGUCCAGUGUCAUAUUCUGAAUAACAUACAAAAUGCCUGUGUCGCUCUGCCCUUGCUUAUUUUGCCUUUUUUAUUCAAAGCUUUAUCCCUAGGAUGUGUGUUUCCUGCAGCACUUCUAUCUAACUUGUUCUCCACACUACUGUCACUAGUCUAGGGUUUCUGUAAGUCUGCUGCUGAGAUGAGCUGUAGCAGUGUUAGCCAGUAUUUUUUCUUUCUUUCUUAUUUUACUAGGGAAUUCCCAACAGGCGUCAUCGCCAGUAAGGCAGUAACACACAUGUGGACCAUGGGUAUUUUAGUAAUGUUUUUGGCUGGCCAAACGCAGUGCAAUUCUUUAGCUGCUUACAUUUAGCAUCCUCUUUUCACUUUUGACUUCCAUCCUAUCCACAGGUCUACAGUGUAGCGAUGGUAGACGCAGUACAUGUAAUUACAUGUACUUGCUUGUUUUCUUUAGGUUUUCUGUCCCUUCCCUACCAGUGUUGUGGUGUUGCUGGUGACACGUAAUCUACAAAUCAAUGUACUUUCCCACUGAGGCUAAAUUCUUUCCAUGCUACAGAUCUGUCAUGUUUUUAUUGCACUGUGUGGAACACUGCAUCUUACACAUCAUAAUUGGAUGGACAGGUCGUCCCAAUCCAAUACAUGUAUUACAGAACAACCGUCACUGUUCGCUCUUUUUUAAACAUUUUUUUUUACUUUUUUUAGUUUUGACAUCCGUAUGUACAUGUGCAACAUUGUUUUCAGUAAGUUUUGCCCAUACAAGAGGCUUUUCUCUCUGAAAAAAUCCAAUAAGCAGGACGUCGGCUCAAGA